AUGGGGAAGCACCAGCUUGAGGCAAUCGCCCUCCUCUGCUCCCUCCUCGCCGUCCCCGCCCUCGCCGCCUCAGAAGCACCCCGACCUCGCGGCGUCGGUCCCGAAUUCGCCAAAUUCUACAAAUCCCCCGACACCUUCACCUGCAUCUCCAACCCCUCCCUCACGCUCCCCCUCGCCGCGCUCAACGACGACUACUGCGACUGCCCCGACGGCUCCGACGAGCCCGGCACCGCCGCCUGCUCGCACAUCUCGCCGCUCUCGCCGCCCUCGCCCCCCACGAACCCCAACCCCGCGGCGCGCUUCAACGAGACCCUCGCCCUGCCGGGCUUCUACUGCAAGAACAAGGGCCACCUUCCGCUGUACGUCCCCUUCAGCAGCGUCAACGACGGCGUCUGCGACUACGAGCUGUGCUGCGACGGCAGCGACGAGUGGGCGGGCGUCGGCGGGGUGAAAUGCGAGGACCGCUGCGCGGCCAUCGGCAAGGCGUGGCGCAAGCAGGACGCGGAGCGGCAGAAGAGCCUGGGCGCCGCCAACAAGCGCCGCCGCGAGCUGGUCGAGGCGGCGGCGCGGCUGCGGCGCGAGGUCGAGGAUCGGAUUGCGACGCUGGGCGCGCAGAUCCAGGGGCAGGAGGUCAAGGUGGCGAGCUUGGAGGCGGAGCUGGCGGGGGUGGAGAGGAGUGAGCGGGGGCGGGUGGUUAAGGGGCCCGGGAAGGGGGGGAAGGUGGCGGUGUUGGCGAGUUUGGCGAAGGGAAGGAUUGGGGAGUUGGUGGAGAGUCUUGGGAGGGUUAGGGGGGAGAGGGAGAGGGCGAGGGAGAGAGUGAGGGAGUUGGAGCAGAUUUUGGCGACGUUUAAGGAGGAGCGGAAUCCGAAUUUCAAUGAUGAGGGGGUCAAGAGGGCGGUGAAGGCGUGGGAGGAUUAUGCGGCGAGGGAUAAAGGACCGGAUUCGGAUCCGGCUCUUGAUAGAGAUUUGGAUGAGAUCUUGAAGUCGGAUGCGGAGAAUGGGCUCAAUUGGGAAGAGUUUGAGAGUACUGAGGAGAGUGAUGUCGAAGUUUUAUACAAGUUCGAAGAGUACCUCCCCAAGCCACUGAGGGACUGGGUCGACCAGAAGCUUCGCGACCUCCGUGUCACCCUGAUCGAGAACGGCGUCCUCGCAGCACCUCACUCCGACUCGGGAGAUUCAAAAGCAGUACAAGAUGCUCGUCAACAGCUAGAGUCUGCCAAGAAGGACCUCGAAAACGACCGCAAGGAGCUCACUUCACACCAGGAAGACUUGCAGAAGGAGUACGGACCCGACAACAUUUUCAGAGCACUGAAGGACCAGUGCAUCGACAAAGAUUCGGGCGAGUACACGUACUCGUUCUGCUGGCUGGGCCAGACGACGCAGAAGUCCAAGAAGGGCGGAGGACACACCAACAUGGGCAACUUUGUGCGCAUUGAGAAGGUUACAGUCGAUGAGGAUCUGCCUCCCGAUGGCAAGGGUCUCGGAUCAGGCGAGCGUUACUCACUGGUGUACGAGAACGGGCAGCACUGCUGGAACGGGCCGAACAGGAGUACCCGACUCAUCCUGGCGUGCGCAGAGAAGGACGAGAUCUGGAAGAUUGUUGAGCAAGAGAAGUGCGUGUACAGAAUGGAGGUCGGCACGCCGGCUGUGUGCGAGUCGGCAGCGGCUAGCGGCAAGGCUCCAGCCGCGAAGGAUGAAUUGUAA